CAGCAGGGACUCCUUCUUGUUCAUGGCAUAGACGUUGUUGAAUCAUGCACUCAAGUCUCUUGCACUCGCCGUUCCCACAAAGCAGCUUCUCCACACGAAGUACGAGUUUCGGUUCCGGGUCGACUGAUCAAUUACUAUAUUUCAAACUUAGCGAGGACAAGAACGCCAGAGUAAACGAUUGAAGUCCUUCGACACGGGGGGUGCCAAAGAAGAUCGCGGGCCAGUCGACGGUACUUUGAGAGGAUAUAUACUUAUAUAUCGUACCACACCCCCGCGCAUCCCAGCACCUAUUUCCUAUUUCCCUGGGCUAUAGUUCCUCCACCCUGCAAACGUUAUUUCCGAUCCAGCUUUGUCGUCAGUGGUUCCUGUGCCUUACUUGCUGCUUCCUGCUGCUCCCUGACUGUACAUUGGACCGGAACACGUCUGCCGCCAAACAAACACAACGUCCAUCCUUUGUACACAUCAGUACCCAAAGAAAGAGAGAAAGAAUAUCAAUAGAAGUCGUGUUCGAGACUCCUAUAAUCCUUUACUUUCCAACACAGUGGCUGCUCCAUAUCAGCUCGACGAGUAUCCGCGCUAUACCCAUCGCCAUUACCACCACCACCAUCACCACCCUCAAUCGCCUUAUAUUCAACAGGAACACGAGCCUCGGGGUCUCGAUUCCCUCGAAGAUCUGAACGAGCCGCUGCUUCUAGUACAGCAGAUGGCUCAUCAAAGGCCCCCGCCACACAUGGGCGGGGCAGGAGGUAGUGGGCACCUUUACGAAAUCGAUCUUAGUGACGACCAAGAUGUAGAUUCUCACUACCAGCAUCAACACCUUCCCCCCCCAUCGCAUCACCAUCAACACCCACAGCACACCCAUCAUCACCACAUGCCAGAUCAGCCACCACCCGCAAAGAUGGCGCGAACAACUUCGGUGAUGGGCGUGGGGGGAGGUUCGCAGAUGGGAGGUUCGUCAAUGGGUAUGCCGGGACCAUCAUCACUCGCUGGGCCAUCGAGCUCGCAGCAGAUGCCAGCGCCGGCACCAAGACCACGGGGCCCGAAGCUCAAGUUUACACCUGAGGAUGACCAGCUGCUUGUCGACCUGAAGGAGAACAAGGCACUGACUUGGAAACAAAUCGCCGAAUUCUUCCCUGGUCGCUCAUCAGGCACUUUGCAAGUCCGUUAUUGCACAAAACUGAAAGCCAAGACCACGCAGUGGACAGACGAGACUGUGUUACGGCUCCGUAAUGCUAUCCAGGAAUACGAUCAAGAUCGUUGGCGUCUUAUCGCUGCCAAAGUUGGAAAUGGCUUUUCCCCAGCCGCUUGCAGAGAAAAAGCAAAGGAGCUGCAGGAGCCGUAGGUUCCGAAACAAUCACUCGCAGCAACGAGAGCUGAAACAUUCGGGAUUCAAUUCUGCUUCAUUAUUUCGGGAUUCAUUCUAUUCUUGACUUGGUUCGAUUUUUUGGUUAUUUCUUUUAUAAUAAUAUUUUUGUUACGGGAGCGAAAGAGGUGGUAAGAAAAAAGCCUUGAACGUGGGUUGGGCAGGGCCGGGCAACAAGCGCAGCAUUAUACUUUGAUUCAGAUUCGGGAGGGGAUAGGGGGUUGGUUUUUUUCGGAUUUGUGGGGGCAAUAUCGGCGUUCUUUUCUUUUUUCCUCUUACUUCCCUCGUUCGUUCAGUUGGAUUAAUUUUUCGGCAUUACCCUCACUGCCUCUCAUCCAUCUUUCAUUUUGCUGUGCUCUUUGUCUCCCUUCAGUAUUUCUUUGUUUCUUUUGUCCUCGGCUUUUUCCCUAUGACAACCCUUUGCGACUUACCAGCAACAUGGGGUGCAAUUGGCCUCUUAUAUCUAUCAGCAGUUGAGCACGGCAGUUACCGAAUUUGCUUUUUUUUGCGGAGGAGGCUGCUUGGUAGGACGAGUGCUAUUUUGUGGACCGGAUGUGUGGCGGUGGUAACGGUGGCGGUUGUUUGGUUGAGUUUUUCUUCUUUCCUUUUUUCCUCUUCUAAUCUUCGGGAUUCAUGGUUACUGGCAUGAUGUUAUGAUAUACCCUUACCCUUCGUGAGCGUCAGGUCCGUUUGAAUAUCGGUGGUAAUUCCUGUCUUCUCUUUAAUUUCUAUCUCUUAUUUUUUGAUCUUUUCUGUUUUCAAGAGAUAUCAUCCCCCCAUUUUCUCGCUACCGUUCCUUCUCACCCCUUCGAUUCAUUAGCAUAUUCUUUUCGGGGUUUUACCCCCCUCCCAUUUUCAUCAUUUUCAUCAUUUUUUCCUCCCUUGUUCGCAAAAAAACAAAAAAAAAAGCCUUCAUGAUCAUUCAUUCCAACCCGCGAUUUUUAUAUAAUACCUCUGCGUCUUAUCAUUCUUGCUUCUUUCUUCUGGGAGAGGGGCAAUACAUGUACUUCUACUCGCCUUCUAAUGUCUUGGUUAUUUUUUUCUCCUUCCUUAUCUUUCUUUCAUUCAUUCUCCCUUUUUUUUUUUUUUUGUUGUGCAUUUAUAUUCUUUAAUUAUCAUUUUUUUCUUUUUCGCCUGCAUACCCUGCUAUGUUUUCCUCGGUUGGGUUUCAAAGAUUGCGAAAACGAUUGUGAAUUGUUUAAAGGAA